AAGUUAACUAGCGUGACCUUGAUUAUUUUCCACUUGUUAUUAGAAAAUCUUUCUUACGACUUCCAUAAAUCAAGGUUGCUCUAUAGACUCAAUUGGUACUAUAUGCAAUAAUGGAUUCAGCAGAGGAUUUCAACUUCGAAUCCCUACAGCGGCGGCUUCCAGAAAAUUCGGUAGCAUAUUCAAUAUUCCUUGACGAUGAUCAGGAUAAUCAUCAGACAGCUUCUCGGCUACAAAUCAUUAAAAACGAGGCACAAAAUUACAUUCAAGAUUUAACAAAAAAUUAUAUAUGGCAAAGAGAAAACUUUAACUUAGAAAUCAGAUCAGACGGCGACACAGCGUAUUUAUAUGGCACAACAGAUUUUGGUGAUGCCGUCGACGAUGAAUGGCUUAUAGUAUAUCUCCUAAAAGAAAUCACCAAAAAGUAUCCAGACCUUUGGGUACGGGUUGCUGAUGCAGACGGGGAAUUCCUCCUCAUUGAGGCAGCCAGCGUGUUGCCAGACUGGCUCAAUCCCGAUAUAGACGAGAACCGUGUAUGGUUGCACGGUGGGAAGUUAUUUAUAUUACCAUUGGGAUCUUCCAGUGCUUCCGGGCGCCUCAGUCUUCCUGAGGCUCUGGCGUUCAUUCGACACAAGAAGACGGGCCUGUUCUAUUCAGCCGACGUUCAAAGAGAAGCUUUCUUUAGGCUGCGGAAUUACCCUCAGCAAAUCGAACAAUCAACGCAUCACUCAAAAGUCACUAUUCCUCGAAAACUGGCAUAUAUCCUUCACACAGCCCCAAAGUCAAUUUCCACAGCGGUGGAGUCUUUCUAUCUGCGCGAUGCGACGAGCCUCAAACCCAUCCUUAGCGACUCCAGUCCAUUAACCUUUCUGCCCGAGGAUCUGGUAACCGUCAGUGUGGUCUUUAGUAGAACUCUCUUUGCUCAACUUCAAUCCCAACAGUUCCAGACACCGUCAAGAUGGGCGAAAGCUUGGCUUGCGCUGCCAGAUCAGCAGACCCCACCAUUCCCAAUCCUCGAAACUGGGAUGAAGCUGACCUGUGGAUACGAAAUCUUGACUUUAAAUACUCAUAACAAUGCCUCUUCACAGAAUCACGCUGUUCGAGAAGCAUUAGAUUCCCUUGCAAAUAGCUCAGUGGAUGAUAUCCUCCCGUCCGACUACGAUAUGCGGCAGUGGCCCAGUGUUGAUCGGCAUGAUGAUGAGCACUGGAUGGAUAUAAACUUUGAGGACCUGGCAAAAGAACUCGAUGGGAAAUCAAAACAACGCGAUACCAAUUCAACAGAGUCUGGAUUUGGAGACAUCAAAACACAGGAGGAUCUUCAAAAGAUGGUUUCCCGUUUUGAAUCCUUUCUGAGCAAUAAAACAGCCGGAAUUGAUGGUGUUCAGCUUGAUGCUGGUUCUGACGAUGGAUAUGAAACAAGUAGUGAUGAAGAAAGUGAUGGAGACGUCGAUAUCAACUUCAAUCAAGCGGAAUUCUCCGAAACGUUGCAGUCGUUGAUGUCGCCUGCUGGUACAAUCACCAAGAUAGUGGCAACAACGACACAAAACCAAGAGAACUCGGAAGGAAAUAAGAUUCAAGAGCUGACAUCGCAACUGGAAGCAGAGCUCAAGAGUCAUGGAGCGCUGCAAAUUAACCAACCAAAGCAACCUACCAAAAACGAUCACAAGGGCAAACAGCCCAUGGCUGUCGCAGCUCCUAAUGUUGAUAAUGAUGAUACGAGCGACGAUGGUGACGAUGGUGACGUCAAUUUGGAUGUAAACCUGGUUCGAAAUCUUUUGGAAAGCUUCAAGAGCCAAGGCGGUGCCUCAGGGCCGGCAGGAAAUCUUUUUGGCUUAAUGGGAUUCCAAAUUCCACGAGAUGAAGGGGAAGAGGAAUGAAGCAUGAAGCAUGAGUUUAUAUGAUAAAAACGACUAGAUGAUAUCUUUCUUUAUAUGGCUAUAUUUAGAUGCCCAUUGCUAUCGGCCGCGACUAUAACCAGUGUCCAUUCUGGCUCUCUUCGCUGACGAUUGCGCCGUAAACAUACGCUCUCUAGUCGGUAACACUAUAUCCUUCAAAGUAUCCAUAUGCCUAACUGCAAUCAUGAGCUUCUUGCGAUUCUCAAGUUCCCUCUCAUAGGCUUUGGGUUCUCUAGAUAUGAACUCUCGCACAACGCCAGCCGCGGCGUGGUACAUCUGGUACAACACUAGCCGAGUCGCAGCGUAUGUAGUGUCUUUGACAGGACUUCCGAUGCAGUCUAAAACUCCGGGCUCCAGAUCUCUGAUUUGAGCGUUAAAGCCAUUUACCAAUUCAGGCGAUGGUUCGUUGGAAAAGGCAUACGCAAAAAGAGGAUCUCCAAAUAUGACGUUGCUCCAUUCUCUCAAUCCCGUCACUUCAAUAGUGAACUCGGAUGUUUUUGUUAUAUCCGACGUCGGGUCAUUUUUUGAUCUUGAUCCCUUACCAGGUAAUUGAGGCUGAAUUAUUCGACGUUUCCGGGAACUUUUCUCGGUUGUGGCUGGUACCCUUCGGACAAGAACGUUUUUGUCAAGUCCAGCAUCAAAAAUAACCAAACUUGGUUCGACACCUAUGUCUAAUAUUUUCGAAAAUCGUUUCAUACAUCGUUCAAUGGAUGUUAUUGGGAUGUUUAUUCCCAAAGCUUCAGCGUCCCGCGUCGCAUUUUGUAGCAGAUGUGUAAAGAAUUCGGACCACCGUGGGUAGCUUGUUCUUGUCAUUUCAACCACAGCUUCUUGUCGUCGGGGAAUAGAUCUUGUCUGAAUAGGUGGUACAAUAGAUUCGCCAAAUCCGAAUCUGUUGGUGGGCGAUGGAAGAAGAGAGAUUCUCCUCAACAAUUGGCCAAUUUGAAAGUCGACAGAUUUUCGCUCCGUGAACGUCAACCCAGGCUCCAACGUCACAAUAGUCUGUCCAAUCUGGGCGGUUGUAAUUGUAUACGGGGUUGGAUCAGGCAUGAAUUCAAGGUUAUGUUCCAAAAGCUUUGGUACAUAUUUCCAAAUGCACCUCACUUGAUGUCGUACAUCUGGUAGGCCGUCAGUGUCGGCAUGUACGGCGUGGUCUUCAAUAUUGUUAACAUCCUCCGAUAUCGUUUCAUUGUAAAGAAACUCUAGCCACUGUAAAAAUGCGGCUUCGGCUCUCAAAGGCCCUUGUUCAGACCUGAUAUGACGAAUUCUUCUGGAAAGAGAAAACGCAACCUGCGCAUUGUUGGUCAUUGUGGCAACGUAUGUGUCGAGAUAUCCCGCUGAAGGUACCCGGGUAAUAUCUUGAACUCUAGCUUCGGAAAUAUAGGAAGAUAUUAUCUUUCUAAUAUAGUCCUCAACCGUAUUGGGGUUAACUGCAUUCAUCUUGGUCGACUAUCUGCGUCGGUAAUUGAAUGUUCGUUGAUAAAUGAGGAUCUUCUGGUGAUUGGAGUGAGAGAGCGAAUAUAGGGCCUUUGCUAUGUCUGGAACCGGCUGAAUUUAUAAAAUAAUCUCGAGCUUUUCGACUUCUUAACUCGAGGCUUUGGUAGUUGUCUUUGCGCUGAAGUAACCUUCAUUGACUUUGCGGGUGGCGUGGAAAGCGCCUUGUCCGUAAAAUCUGAAACUUUCCGGCAAUAUCUACCUUCUUUGCGCCAGCAAAGUUAGGUUUAUCGAUUUAUAAAGGUUGCUUGAUGGCUUUCAAAUAGAUACCGAGGAUGAAUGAUUCAAGGUUGGCUCAAGGGCUUAUCACGGCGUCGUGAUUGAGAGAUCGUAUGGCAAAUAUCGACCAACAGUGUCUGAAAGCGUUGGUAACAAUACUCAAAGCAUAACAUGUGUCAUGUAUACAGAGGUAUGUUAAAGGUCUAAUUGAUGGAGCUCGGUUGCAUCAUUUAGAGUCUCGGAUGGGCAGUCAUGAUGUUAGGGCCAGAGUCAAUGGGGUUUGCUUGUCACAGAAUCGGGUGGAACGAGCGUAUUUUAACAUGAAUGUCAUGCUUAUUCCGUUCGGAAUAAUUUGACACUAAUGCAUUGCGGCACCAGACCAGCCAGUCUCAAAAGUCGCCUGCAGUUCAACCGUAUCUAGCUGGCAACUCCAUAGAUACAUUGGGCAGCAGCCUUCCUUCGCGUUGGCCUGCGCACUGUCAUUGGCCGGCUUUAAGCGACGCCAUGCUGUGAUCCUC